ACUACUUUCGAAACAAGGAAAAAUAUUGUGUCACAAACCAGUAAACCCUUCCAUGGCUUCCUCAACAAAUAACCACUUCACUUCCGUGCUUCUCUCAUUUUUAUUUAUCCUAAAAAAGUUGUCAUCUUUGGGAAAUCAUUCGUCCAACGAUGGAAUUUUGCUAUUUUCACCUAAACAUGUCGUGAUCUACAACACAUUGACCUCACGUGCAACAUUGGUCGUACAUUGUGUGAAUAAAGAGAAAGAUUUGGGGAUACAAAAGCUCCCAAUCGGAGCUAGUUUCGAUUUCAGGUUUCGUGUCAAUCUUCGUAAAACAACAACGUAUAAUUGCACUUUCGAGUGGCCCGGAAGUAUAGAGAAAUUUGAUAUUUUUAGGGCAGACAGAGACGACAAUGAAACAAGUCCUAUUGGGAUAUGUAGAGAAUGUAUAUGGUACAUUUAUGAACCAGCCCCUUGUCGUGAAAAACGUGACGGAGGCCAUUCUAUAUGCUUUACAUGGGAUCGAUAGAGGCUCUUUUAUAUAUAUUUUAUGGGAUUUUAAUUGCUUUACAGUGUGACAAAAAAAA